CGACCACAACAUCAACAGAAAGCGACGCGGGACGAUCCGGAUGGACUGAGUCCCCGUCGCUCCUGCAGCCGCUUUAUGAUGAUGAUGAUGAAGAGCAGCGGGCUGUAGAAACCACAGAACUUUACUGGGUUUAAAGUGUGAGACUACAGAUGGAGUCAGCGUGUCAUGGAAUAAAGAAAACUGAGAGCGGUGAUCUGGCUGUGAACCCCCGGCCCCCUCCCGCCAAGCUGGCUCGACUGGAGCAACACAGAAUGGGAUCCUCCACCCCAGAGAGGAGGAGACCAGCGAGUCCUGUGGUCAAAAGUCCCUGCCAAGUCCAGAAACCUUCAACUGCAAGUGGACACACCAAAGGAACCCUCCUGCCGGUGUUCUGUGUGGUGCAGCACAAGGAAAACUCUCCAGAGCUCGAGCGAAAAGAAGAACAUGCUGAGUUUGUGCUGGUCAAAAGAGACCUGCUGUUUAAUCAGCUGAUAGAGAUGGCCCUGUUGUCGCUGGGAUACUCCCACAGCUCUGCAGCACAGGCUAAAGGUCUGAUCCAGGUGGGCAGGUGGAACCCAGUGCCUCUGUCUUGUGUAACCGAUUCUCCUGAUGCUACAGUGGCCGACAUGCUGCAAGAUGUCCACCAUGUUGUCACACUUAAAAUACAGCUGCACAGUUGUCCCAAACUGGAGGACUUGCCAGCAGAGCAAUGGAGUCACUCCAAGGUGCGAAAUGCUCUGAAGGAGCUCCUUAAGGACAUGAACCAGAGCUCCCUGGCCAAAGAGUGCCCACUUUCUCAGAGCAUGAUAUCGUCCAUUGUAAACAGCACUUACUAUGCAAAUGUCUCAGCUGCCAAGUGUCACGAGUUUGGCCGGUGGUACAAGCACUUCAAGAGGUCCAAAUGCUUCAAGGAGCCUGACAGCUUCUCUGAGCAGCCCGACAUCCCUCUCACCCAGCAGCCAGCUGCAGGAAGUCCAGCUGAUCAGAACUCAAACCUUGUUUUCCCUCAUGGAGCAGUUGCCAACAUCUGUGGUCGCUCAGCUCUCGGGCUCCACCCUCCUGGGUUGGUUUCCCAGCCGCUCAGCUCCCAAAUGGUCAACCAGCAGCUGGUCAUGGCCCAGCUUCUCAACCAGCAGUAUGCUGUUAACUGUAUGCUAGCUGGCCCAGGUCUCUCCUCGCCGCAGCAGCAGUAUCUCAACCACCCUCCAGUUGGGAGGCCUCCUGCCAUUGUCUUUUCCAAAGCUCCUGAAUCUCAAGCCUUACAGCAGGCGCAGUGUGGCCCAGGUGGAGGUGCUGCAAGCGGGCCACAAAAUCAGACAGCAGCUGCGUCUUCGGUGGGACCAACAGACAUAUCGAGUGACAUCUACCUAAAUGUGAGGGAGGAGCUGAAGAGAGCAGGCAUCUCCCAGGCUAUCUUUGCCCGCGUGGCUUUUAAUAGGACCCAGGGCCUUCUGUCUGAGAUCUUACGAAAAGAGGAGGAUCCAAAACAUGCCUCCCAGUCCCUGCUGGUCAACCUGCGGGCCAUGAAUGGUUUCCUGCAGCUCCCCGAGGCCGAGAGGGAUCGCAUUUACCAAGAAGAGAAGGAGAGAAGUCUGACCGGAUUCACACCCGGCUGCAACAACACACCCCCUAGAUCCACGCAGGCCAGACUGUCUCCAGUCACAGGUGACAGAGGGUUGAGGACAGACAGUUGUGUUCUGAAUGUCAGCGCCUCCAUCUAUGAAGAGAUUCAACAUGAGAUGAAGCGGGCCAAGGUCUCUCAGGCUCUGUUUGCAAAGAUUGCCGUCUCCAAGAGUCAGGGGUGGCUUUGUGAGCUUCUUCGUUGGAAGGAGGAUCCCUGCCCGGAGAACCGGACCCUCUGGGAGAACCUGUGCAUGAUCCGACGAUUCCUAAGCUUGACGCAGAGCGAACGAGAUGCCAUCUAUGAACAGGAGAGUUGCAACAUGUCUUCACAGCAGCACUGUGCUGACAGGCUCACGCUGUUCAGCAAUGACAACACACUGUACCAGCACAACUCCCCAGUGAUUCAGCAACACCAUCUUCAACCCCAUCAACCACUUCAGCCAGAACUAGGGAUUCACUUGUCUCCACGGCAACCAUGUGCUGCAUCACCAGCUGAGUCUGAGGGUGGGGGCGCCUGGGGUCACUUGAGAGUGCACAUGGAGGGCAGAGGCAUUUGCGAUGGUGAAAGAGGAGACAGUAUGGAAUGGGUUGAGGGGGGGAAGGAAAACAGUGACUGGGGUGUCGUUGGACAAGUGCGAGGCGACGGUAAAGGAAGCAACGAGCAGAAAAUGGAUGGAAACAUUGCCAAGGAAGACAAAGAUGACGUCACGCAAGGCAGUGACAGUGGAAAAAAUCAAGAUAAACUCUAUGUGAAGUGGUCAAGUGUGAAAAGUGAAGACAACGGGAUGCCAGAGGUUUGCUCUGAGGAAGACAGAAAAGCAGGCGGCGCAGAUGAGGUCCCCGGUGAGGGGUUAAACGUGUCUGGGGACGCCCUGGGUAUCUUGCAUAGCUUCAUUCAGGAAGUAGGCCUCAACCCAGAUGAGGAGGCGAUCCACACCCUCUCAGCCCAGUUAGGCCUGCCUAAAUACAUCAUCCGCAGCUUCUUCAACAGCCAAAACCAAGGGCAAAGUGACGACUACAGCCAGAGCCCAGUGCACAGUUAUGAUAAUCAUCAAGGAUUUGCAGACCUUUCAGUAGCACACGUAACCACACAGGAACUGGAAGUGCAUCAAAAGACACAAGGGCAUAAAGAAGAGGAGAAACAAAUAGAUAGAAGUGAAACAAGUCUGGGUUAUGUUUUAAAAGAAUUGGAUGUUGCUACUCAGACCAUCCCUCCUGUGAAGGAGGAGCAAGAGACUUAACCUAAUACAUGACCUUGAACAAGCAGUAUUUUUGGAUUAGGUUACACAAAUGUGCCCUUACUCAG